AUGUCUGGGAUCUUGAAUGAAGCCUUCACCCCAUGUCCGUCCAGGUCACGGUCCUCUGGGUUGAGCGAACACGGCGGCAACGACUCAUUCGAUAGCUUGGUGGAUGAUGACUCGGCCUUCGAUGCGACGGGGCAAAUCGAAUUCACCACCGAAGUACGAGUACCAACUUUGACCGGUGUACGGCCUCGAAGAGCCAGUCGAGCUACCAAUACGGUCCAGAUUUACGAGGAUAUCAGUGACAAGCAGCCUGGCCCAGUCGAGAAACGGAGAAGACCAAAUGCAGGACUUCGAGAUCCUUCUGACCGCAAAUCUUCCUUGUUGGCUCAACCUGCUCAGAGAUUCCGCCCGAAAGUCAACUUUGCUCCCAGCCCGCCACUCCAACAGAACAAACCAGAGACUGAAACACAACCAAAAGCACGAUCUUUCCAACCUAGCACAAAUGAUGGAUUCGGGCCUGCCCCACGACCUACCCAAGAAGCACCGAGCGAGAAAAACAAUGGCCUCAAGAAGAAGGUUCGACGCAAUACAAUUUACAUCCCACCCGACGAUACCACUGUGGCCAGCGUUUUCAUGGGACUUUUUAGCCCCGUCAAAAAGUCUCAAGGAAACUUUAUGCCCCGAGUGGCGGAGGAUACUAAAAUCAACACCAUUGAAGCUCAGAUUGCAAAGCGACAGGCUAGAAAGUCUGCGGUAGUCUCUGCACGCAAAGCGCCUCUCCAGCCUAGUACGAAGAUUGCGCAGGAAGCUGCCUUCAGGGUAGAUGUGGCUGGCAAGAACGGCGGAAAAGAAAAUAUUCCACCGGGAUCGCUUCUUGAAGUUAACCAGAAGAGCAAACUGGAUUAUAUUGUGCAGUCAAAGCCCAAGCGGAUGAGUACGUUUACGUCGAAACCAGCUCGCCGUACCACAAUGCAUCAAACGGACGGAGGGGAUAGCACAAACUCGGUUGUGGGCGCGAAGAAACAGCCACCGAAAGGGAAUGUCCUUGGUGAAAAGCAAAACAAUUUGCAUGCAUCAUCUAAUUCUCUCUUUAUUGGAAGGAAAGUUCGAGACGAGCCACAGGAUCCUCUGCGGAAUGUAUCGGCAUCCCUCAAGGCCCGUGCAUCCGUGUUGUCAGAACGGCUUGGCCAUUCGCAGACCAUGCGGGCUUCCAAGAUUGGAGAUACCUCAAACUUGAGGGAACUAAACAGCAAAUACCCUCUGUUGACGGAGGACUUAUCAAAGCCUGCCCUGUAUGAGGAUGACUGGCUAUCACACCAGGAAACUGUUAUCACGCAAUUGAUCAAUGCAUUUUUCGAAUGCACCAACAGAGACUCAACGGCUGUGGAUCCUCAUGCGCUUCGCUUGGAACUGCUUGAACUCUACCACACUGGAGAGUUCGCAAGCCUCUAUCAGCGACUCCAAUCAUCCUUGUCUUUUGGAACCCUCAGCUUGCCGAAGGAUAUCCAGGCUCGCAACAGUCGUCUUAAGAAUGAUGUGGGUGUCCGGAGAGAAUUUUUAGACAUUUGGAUUCAAUCAUAUGACCUUCGCGCCCUAGUACCUGCUUUGGAGACUGUCGUUGGCCGAAGAAUCACCAGCGACUCUACUUUGUUUGAUCUUCAGAAUGAUCCGUCCUCUGAGAACGAUUUCAAGGCGCAAAGGGCGGUCACUCGAAGAGUUGAAGGUUUUAUUGAAGCCUUUCUCUUGAGAAACGACGAUAUGAUCUCCUCCGCCACUGGUCUAGGCGAAGUGCCAAGGGAGACACACUCGCGUGCAUAUCUUCGGACCGUGCUUCGAAGCAUUUUGCUUGUCGCUCUUUUGGACCAAGGAAGACAGGGCUUCUGUACAAGUCUACCUCGUCGACUUUUCCUGUCAUCAUCUCCCUACAAGUCUUCUGCUGAGAUUCUCCAUGCCUUGGGCCGUCUACUACUACCCUCUACUGGGGAUAUCACAAAGACAUUAAGUCAUCUUGGCUGCCAUGUCACUUACAAACAGCAUGAGCUUCAAGAAUACGACUACACAAUUGACAACAUUGCCGUCGACCUUAGAGAUGGUGUGCGGCUGACCAGACUUGUCGAAAUUCUCUUCUACACCUCGGAGCACGUGCGGACUGGCCUUGAAGACCAGUCUGAACUCACCCUAUCUUCAGGGGAGGCUCUUUCACUCCUAGGCGAUGAAAGGGAUCGGCCUCUGUCCAAGCAUCUCAAAUAUCCCUGCAUUAGCCGAGCGGCAAAGAUCUACAAUGCUCAGAUUGCGCUCUCUGCCUUGAGCUCUGUUAAUGGUGGCCGGGCAAUUCUUGGCGACAUGAAUGCAGACCACAUCGUGGAUGGCUACCGUGAAAAGACUGUUGCGCUCUUAUGGGCUCUUGUCAGCAAAUUCGGACUUGCGGGCCUCGUUGACUGGGAGGAUCUCCGCAAAGAAAUCAACAGACUCCAACGCAAAGCUACUCUUCAGUUUGGUCAAGAUCGAGUGACGCAAGAGGCGUGGUUUACACAAAAUGGAUCCGACCAUAGUUCAUUGCUCCUGCAGUGGGCCGCGACCCUGGCAGCUUUGAAAGGCUUGGAGAUCCGCAACAUGACCACCUGUUUCGCAGAUGGCAAAAUAUACGGCAGCAUUGUUGAUGAGUACGAGCCGUUUAUCACUGGCGGAGGGGCCGGUGAUUGCGAUAUUGCAGACAGACGCUCUGUCUCUAUGCCUUUGGCAUCUCGUUUGCGAUUGUUGGGAUGCAGCUCUCAAUUUGCAUCUCUCGUCUCUCCUAGGAAAGCUUCCUCCCAUCUCCUUGACGGAGACUUUACUCUUGGCACUCUCGCCUUCCUCUGCUCUCGAUUGCUUUCUGCCUCGAAACGUGCUCGCGCAGCGGUCGUACUGCAGCGAUCUUGGCGGACCCACCUUGCAAAGCGCGAUGAGUUCCGUCGAAAAAUCGCCCACGACCUCGCAGCACACUGUGCGGCUGUCGUUCAAACUAGAAACCAGAUCACCUGGGCAAAGGAUGUGAUCACUCGGUAUUGGAGAAACUACCAAACCCGGAAGCAGAGAGCAAACAACACACGCUAUCGGGCUUUGGAAAAGGCCCAACGUCAGCAACGGAAAACCGCUGGACGUCGACUCUAA